AAACCUUUCCUCAAAGCCCGGCGAUCAUUUCCUGUUAGGUCACAUUGUUGCUACAGUUUGGGAGAAAUGGCGGACAUGGAUGAAUUGUUCGGGAGUGAUGGGGACAGCGAUAAUGAGCAACGAGCGUCUGGCUCUGGCUCCGGUUCAGACUCUGAGCAGGAGAGACCCCGAUCCGCCAGCAAUGCCUCGGGCAGCGACAGUGAGAGGGAACGGGAUGAGGAUGAUGAAGAGGAAGGCCAGGAGGCAGGAAAACCCAGUAUUAACAAGGAGCUGUUUGGAGACGACAGUGAAGAUGAGCAACACAGUCGACACAGUCAGCACAGUCAGCACAGUCAGCACAGUCGACACAGUCGGCACAGUGGCAGCGACAACCAGUCUGAACGCUCAGGGAACCAGUCGGACGCCAGUAUGCACUCAGACCAGGGGGACAACGAUCAAUCCGAUGCAGAGCCGCACAGCGGCUCAGAGCGUGGCAAUCGAGACGAGGAUGAUGACGAGGAGGACAGGGGCCACCGGUCGGACGGAGGAAGCCCGGCUGGCAGCGCGAUGUCUGGAGCAGGGAGCCCUCGCUCUGAGAGGGGCAGUGUCCGCUCAGACAGAAGCGUGCACAGUGAUCCUGCGACUCCGCAGUCGGCGCCUGGUACCCCUCACUCUGAUGGAGAAGCUUCUGCCAGGGAGAACCAGUCAGAUGAUGAGAAGUGGGAAGGAGGGGCUAAGAGCGACCAGUCUGAGGAUGAGGAGGAGAAACGUCAUUACUCUGAUGAAGAAAGAGAGAACUCUGAUGACGAGGGGCCGAGAAACAGGAAGUCAGAGUCUGCAAGGGGCAGUGACAGUGAAGAUGAUUUCCUCAGAGUGAAACCCAAAGCAAAAAUCGCCUCUGAUUCAGAUUCAGACAGCGAUAUCGGAACAAAGAGAGUAAAGAAGACGGCAGCAGACGACCUGUUUGGAGAGGCUGACGACAUUUCGUCAGACAGCGAUGCAGAGAAGCCUCCGACCCCGGGACAGCCCCUGGAUGCAGAGGAUGGGAUGGAGGGGGAUCGAACAGAGGAAGAGCCUACUGCCGAAACUCGCAUUGAAGUAGAGAUCCCAAAAGUCAGCACAGACCUGGGAUCUGACCUUUAUUUUGUUAAGCUGCCAAACUUCCUGUCUGUGGAGCCCAGACCCUUUGAUCCUCAGUACUAUGAGGAUGAAUUUGAGGAUGAAGAAAUGCUGGAUGAAGAGGGACGGACCAGACUCAAGUUGAAGGUGGAGAAUACAAUUCGGUGGAGAGCCAAAAGAGACGAGGAAGGAAAUGAAACACGAGAUAGCAACGCACGCAUUGUCAAAUGGUCUGAUGGCAGCAUGUCCCUUCACCUGGGGAAUGAAGUGUUUGAUGUUUACAAAGCUCCUCUCCAGGGAGACCACAACCACCUGUUCAUCCGUCAGGGCACUGGACUGCAGGGACAGGCUGUGUUCAAAACCAAACUCACAUUCAGGCCCCACUCCACAGACAGUGCCACCCACAGGAAGAUGACCCUGUCUCUGGCUGACCGCUGCUCCAAGACGCAGAAGAUCAGAAUCCUUCCCAUGGCCGGACGAGAUCCCGAGUCGCAUCGCAACGAAAUGAUCAAGAAAGAGGAGGAGCGGCUGCGAGCCUCUAUCCGCAGAGAGUCCCAGCAGAGGAGGAUGAGGGAGAAGCAGCACCAGAGAGGCCUGAGCAGCAGUUACCUGGAGCCCGACCGCUACGAUGACGAGGAGGAGGGCGAGGAAGCCGACAGCCUGGCAGCCAUCAAGAACAAAUACAACAAAUACAAGGGAGGAGGAGGCCUGCGAGAGGAGCGAGCGAGGAUCUACUCAUCGUCAGACGGUGAUGAAGGCUCUGAUGAUGACAAGGCCCAGAGGCUGAUGAAGGCCAAGAAGCUAGACAGCGAUGAGGAGGGCGAGGGAUCAAGCAAGAGAAAGGCAGAGGACGACGAGGAAAUUUCCACCAAGAAGGCUAAGAAAUAUGUCAUCAGCGACGAAGAGGAAGAGGAUGACGAAUGAUUCACCUUUUUUUCUUUAUCAUACUCCUUUAUUAUCAGUGCUCACAUGGCAUAUUGACUGCCAUAUUUUGUUUUGUAUAUUUUCUUAAGAUCUGUGUGUGUGUUUGUUUGUGUGUUUGCUUGUUUAUGUUGUGUACAGCAGAGGUGAGAAAUAAAGAAAUGGUUGUCUUAUGUAACCAAAUUUCCCAAGG